GAACGCACUUAAAAUGGAAUGGCCCUGGCAGUACAAUUUCCCACCCUUCUUCACGAUUCAACCUAAUUCAGAUACGAGAAAGAAACAAUUGGAAGCUUGGUGUUCACUGAUUCUCAACUACCACAAACAGAAAAAGUCCUACAGCAUAGAUGUUACAGAGAUACUCAACUCUCAACUGUGUCAUAACAAAGAGAUAGAUAGAAAACUUUCGUUAGAUGGUUUAUAUACUGUGUUAGAUGAACUUUGUAGAACAGGGCACUUAGAAUGGAAAGAUCCCAAGACAAAGAAGCAAUGUUUGGUAAUGUGGAGAACUCCUGAGGAAUGGGGAAAUUUAAUAUAUUCAUGGAUAUUAUCAAAGUCCAUGACUAAUACUGUAUGUACUUUUUAUGAAUUAACUAAUGGAGAGGACUCAGAAGGAACAGAAUUUCAUGGUCUUGAAAAAUGGUUAUUAUUACGAGCUAUAAAGACUUUAGAGAUGCAAAGAAAAGCAGAAAUAAUGAUGUUUGACGAUAGUGAAGGUGUCAAAUUCUUUUAGUGCAAUCUGUGAUAUAGUAAUUUUUAUAUAAUUUGUAUGUAUAGACAUUGUUGUACUAUUAAAAUAUCUAUCAUAUAUAAA